CAAAGUUCGCUGCAACAAGCAACGACCGAGUUGUGAAAGAUGCACGAAAGCAAUGGAAAAGUGUUCAUAUACCCCAUACCGUUGGAAGGGCCGACCGGGUCCUAAGCAAAACCACACUGGCAUGCGAGAACAGCCGGUGGACCGGUCAGCCGGCGGGGCUCUUCCAGGCUCGUCAUCAAUGACCUUCACUCAAAUGGUGCCGCAUUCUAGUCCGAUAGGCCUUGAAAACCUGCAGACUGGUCCGAUCCAAAAUACCGACUGGCAGAAUAACACGCAAGAUGUGGACGGCUUUAUUGAUAUGCUGGGUAUGGAUUUGCAAGGGCUGGUGACAGACGGAGCAUCACAGCCCGACGAAAAUGAAAUCUCUAACAUGUUCAGAAUGGAGGAGACAUAUCCGGAGGUGGGCAAAAGACUGCACGGUUCAAAUGGAGUACUUGCGAAUCCACCAUUAGCCUAUGCUCAACAAGAUUGCCAUCGUAUAAUCAUGGCCUUGCUGGAACCCCAGCAUCAAUUCCAACCUCCUUGCAAGACGGCCAAACUUCAAUCGAAGACCCGUAGCAGCAUCGAGAACGUUUCAAGCAAUCACAUCAUGAAAAUCAAUCGUUGUUCCUUGCAACAUUUGCAAGCACUAGUUUCGAGACGCUGCAGCCCUGUGUGUCUAUCCGGGCUUGAAACAGUUCUGCUGCUUCAGUCAGUAUGUACGGGUGUACUCAAUCGGUACCAGUCUGUCUAUAGGAGCAUGACGCAGGCUCCUAUUGGGUACCAAAUGUCGGCUGCCGACAGCCAUGAGAACACGGCGCACAAGAUUGGCAACGUAGUUUUUGAUCCCGUGCAGUUCGGGGACUUUCCACUCGGCCGCCAGGCGGAAACCAGGAUGAAUGCCGAACUCCUAUCUUGUGAAAUACAUUCCUUAUCCUCGGUCGUGGCGCAGAUAGUAGGCAUACAAGGAAGCAAAGAGGACGGCCAUGCGCAGGAUCAUCAACCUUCCACACCCGGUGUACAUCUGGCGUUUGAAAAAUCUAUUAACUCAAGAAUUGAUGAGCUCAAGCUGCUCAUCAGGCAGUUCUGCAACACAGUGGGGUGACAUGACUAUUGAAAUCAC